AUGGCCCCCCACAGAGAUUACCACUACUGUAUCAUCCACAUCGGGACAACCACAACCCGUGUGCAGUUUGCCCCGAUCCUGGGUCUUCAUGAAUCACUUCCUUCCAAAGUGAUCAGCAUCCCAUCCAAAGUCUACGCCCAUCCAAAUGGUGAACCAAACUAUUUCGCCUCCACUGGUACCACAGAAGUUCAGUUUAUUAAAAAUGGCCAUAUCACAAACCAUCACGCCUUCAAUUACUUCGUCAAAUUAGUUUAUAAGUCUGUGGUCAAAUACAAGUUUCCCGAUAUCCUGAAUUUGGAAUUGGUCACUGUUCAUUUGAUGGUGAUUACUUCUGGCUCGCUUUCUGACAGCUUUUCUAAAGUUCAGGUCCAAAAAUCGAUAAACUACUUUUACGAAAACUUGGACCAUCUCACGUCAAUUACUCUUGUAUCCAACUCGGUUUGCUUGUUGUUGGCGCAUGGGGGUAAUAGUGUUAGCACCGCGCUUGCCGUGGAUAUUGGCGAAGAAAAACUCACAAUCACCUCGAUUGUAGAUUACUUACCUGUCAAUUUUGCAUCGGUAUCCGUUCCAAUUGGAGGACACUCCAUCAACUCCCAUCUCUCUAAGCUUUUACCAGGAUGGACCCCACAGCAGAUUGAAGACUUGAAACGGUCCGAUAUUUAUGAGAUCCUUAGUGACGCAAAUAAAAGUAAAACAAAUACCGAUUUUGAAGAAGAGCUUGAUGUUCUUCUGGUUGUCAACGCUCCUAAACCAAAAGAAAUACUUGAAAAGCGGAGCAAAAAGAAGUCCAAUGAAAAAGAGGAGCCAAAGCAAAAUUCUGAACUUGAGUUCAACACAUUCAUUGAUUCUGACGGGGUUGAGCAUAAUGUGGGUAAGCAACGAUUUUUGGGAGCCGAAGAACUCAUUGAUUCUCUUGAUUUCUACAUUGAUUUUUGUAUUUCUCGAUACCCAGAUGUCGAGCGUCGCGAAGAACUUUGGUCAAAUAUAAUAUUUAAUGGGCCAGUAACUUCAAUAUCCGGGUUUAAAGACAGGGUUCUCGAAGUCCUUAGUUCACACCACCUAGUUUCCUCGUUGGAUAAUGAUAACGAUCCAGAAUCUAAAUUUCGCGCUACGAGUAAUGUUGACGUUGGUCUUGCAUUCUCGCAGGCCCCAACCUCAAUUAACACCAUCAAAAAGCCAGAUUAUUUCCAAGAAUGGAAAGAUUUCUCCGAUCCAAAGGGAAUUAAUAAUGACCUUACAAUUUUGGGGGCAGUGGUAUAUAUCAAAUUAUGUUUUGGUCCUGGUAGUCACCAUGCCACACUUAAUAAUAUCGGUAAUGACUUGUAUAUGGUGAAAAAGGAAGAUUUCGAAGAAUCAGGACCUAAUAUAAUUUGGGAUUUGAACCAUUAG